UUGGGUUGAUACAAAUAAUAUUUUCAAUUUGCCCAAUAGAUUCGACUCUGGUCACCGCCCUUCCUCCUUGUCCUUCCAUUUUGAGAAGUUGAAAACAAACUUCAGCUUCGUUUUUUGAGAAAUUGAAGAGCAAAGAUGGUGGGUGUUUUUUCUAGGUUAUCAACUGGCGGGAUUGGGCACAGGAGGAAUCGAAGCGCAGCGGACGCAAGGCAAACGUUGGCACAGAAUGUGGAGGUUUUAAGUCCAGCUCCAGCCUCUACAACCUGUGGAAUUGCGACAGCAGCUGAGUUUAAGCCUGUUGAGCGCCCAAUCGAGGUUGUUGAUUAUGAUCAACCAGUUAACUGCCCAGAACAAGAACCGUCGACAAUUCUAAAUGAUGGAAGAACAUGGAAAGAACGGAGAUCUUCUGUAAGUUCUAGAGUGAGGAGUGACUUGCCGAUGGCAAAAGAAGGAUCAAACCUUUAAUCUGAUGCAAGAAUUUAAUGCGGCUCAAGAUCAGAAUGUUGGAUAGAGAAGUUAGGACUUCAAACACUACCCAUAUUUAUCUGUUUCAGUUUAUACGUAUUUAUUCUUUGAGUAUCUUAUUUAUAAUGGUUCAUUUGUAUAAAGAAAUUUCACCUGUUGUCAUCUUGGAUAAUCAUUGAGAAUUUGAAGAAUCAUA